UCCCGAAAUACGUCGGUCCGACGGACAUGUCCGAUAAAUUUUGAUUUGGUCCGACGAUUCUUUAUUCCGGAUCGGUCCGACUGUCCGGCAUUUAUCCAAGCCGCGUUAAAACAAAAAUGGCGUCGCUAAAAUAUUACGAUGGUGCAAAACCUGGUAAAAAAAGAAAAAAUACUUCAGAGGAGCGAGCAGAAAUGAAGAAGAGGUACGAAAAUAACAGAACCGAGAGGAAAUUUAAUGAGAAAUGGAAACAGGGACGCGAAUGGUUAGUCUAUGACACGGAGAAGGGGAACAUGCGUUGCGCCGAAUGUGGUGAUUAUUACAGUGAAAAAAUAAUAACUGAAAAGAAUUUAAGUAAUACCAACACGUUUAUUCUUGGUUGCAAGAAUUUCUGAGUAUCUUCAUUGGAUGAUCAUGAGAAAUCUAAAAGUCAUCAAAAAGCACACAUCUAUGUGCAAAAUAAAUCGAAAACUACCGUUGAAAAAAUCCAGUCAGUUGCUGGCAGAGCCCUUAAAAAACUGAAGCAGGCAGAAAGAGACAGGUUAAUGAUUUUGUUUAAAAAUGCCCAUGCAAUAGCCAAAAAUAAUCGCCCCUUAACCGACUACAUGUGGCUGUGUGAUAUUGACAGAGCUAAGAAUAUAGACAUUGGCAGUACCUACACAAAUGAAAAGGCAGCAGGGGACUUUAUUCAUAGUAUUGCCGAGACAGAAAGAAUGAAAACUGUCAACCUUACCGAGAAAAAUCCUUUUUUUUCAUUUAUGAUGGAUGGUAGCACUGAUGUGUCUGGCGAUGAACAAGAGACCAUGUACAUACGGAGUGCUUUGAAGGGUGUUGUUACCGAGAGAUUUCUCAACAUGUCAACCCCUAACUCAACAAGAUCCCAAGACCUUUUGGAGCAUGUAACCAGUGUUCUCCAGAAAAAUAACAUUGACAAAAGCAGACUUAUUGCUAUGGGUAGUGAUGGGGCGUCCAAUAUGACAGGAGUGAGAUCAGGUCUUUCAACUCUAUUGAAAGAACAUGUCAGCCCAGAAAUUAUCAAUAUACAUUGCUUCUGUCACAGACUUGAACUUGCUUUCAGAGAUGUUGUUAAAAAGUCAAAACUAUAUGACAAAUUGAUGACCCUACUCAUUGGACUGUAUUAUUUUUAUAAAAAAAGCUAUAAGAAUAAACAAGGACUGAAGACUUCUAUUGAAGCUAUGAAAAAAGGCAUUUUCCCCACAAAAGUCACAGGAACCAGAUGGCUGCCACAUUUGUACAGAGGAAUGUUUGCAUUCACAAAAACUUACAAUGCAUUAGAAGCUCAUUUGUCAACUGCCAGUCAUGGCAAUGCGAAAGGGGAAGGUCUGCUCAAGCUUAUGUGUGACAAGCAACUUAUGGCUUUUGUCUUAUUCUUACAGGAUGCUCUGGAACCAGCCAUCAGAUUGUCAUUGAAACUGCAGAGACCAGAAGGUACAUUGUCAGAUAGUUUAUGUUGGGUGGAAUCAACUAUUGAGCUUCUGUCAGAAAAAAAGGGGAAAGUAUGGGAAUGAAGAAUUGAAACUUGUUUGCCAGCAUUUCCAGAAAAGCCUAUCAAGGGUUAUUCCCGACAUUUCUACAGACAGCGUGGUUAGUGAAUGGAACCUUCUGAAGAAACUUGUGACUAAGAAGUAAGACAAAUGUACAAAUUAUUUGUUUAUUUAUUUUUUGGCAACAUUGUUUU